AUGGCACGACAAUGUUUUAUUACGGAUGGCAAAGCCAACGUGACAGGUGUUAUUCUUGCCACUGUAGAAUCGUUCAUAAAUGGAAUUCAACAACUGGAUAUAUUUGGUUCUUGUGUUCCAGAAACAAUUCUUCGACAUGUAGUCAUUUCUUAUGAUGGUGAAGAUGGUUUUAAUCAAGCCAUUGAUUCGACUAUUGAGUUACGUGACGAUAUCAAAUUCAUACAUGAGAAAAAAGUCCUCGCUCGGUACUUCAAUGAAGUAUUCAAAGACGGUAGUCAUUAUUGUUUUGGUGUCUAUGAUACAUUCAAAGCACUGGAUAUGGGCUCUAUAGAAACUUUAAUUAUAUGGGAAAAUGUCGAUGUGAAUCAUUAUUUUCUACGCCAACGUCAAGUGCAAGAAAUAAAAACGGAAAGUUCAUGUGUUGUUCAUCAAGACAAACAAACAGAUUUUGAAUGGGAACAUAUUGAAGAAAUGCCAUUACUCGAAUGGUUGGUCAAGAAUCAUAAGAAAUUCGGUAAAAGAUAA